AUGCUCCACCAGCUUUCCCAUCGAGUGAUGCUUCCGAUAACGUUCAAGCUCCCCAGGCCCAGGCUCAAGCUCCGUACUUCCCACCGCCGCCUAUGCCAAUGGUGCAUGUUGAACAUCCUCGGCCGUCCGGCGCACGAGAUCCGCCUGCUCAUUGCUGGCUAUCGGCUGAGGUAUGGCAGGGAUUUGGUUGAAGCUGUAAAGUUUGAUUUGUCUGGGAAGACGGAGCGGAUGUUCAUAAUGGCAUUGAAUGCACGACGACCACCCGAUACGCUCCCUGUGGAUCCGAAACAGGUCGCGGGGGAUGUUGAGACAUUUCAUUCUGCUGCUAAGAAAAGGGAGGAGAUCAACGUAACUCACGGAAGCCCUCGACCGCGUACUACGGUAGCGAUACGCUAUCCUUGUGGUCCGUCUGAAACGUGCUCUGGCAAAGAGUCACCAUGGAUAUGUUCUAUCUAUGACUUGUUGACUCGUGUUGAACGUUUUCGGCUAGUGUAUCGUUCUUAUUCACGUGUUUGCACUUCCUUCCACUUACCACCAUCACCUACAACGACGAGGACACGAACUGUCACGGCAACUUCAAGUCAGGCGAUGUGGAGAGUGUUUAGGGCAACGAAAAUUCGAGUUUUUAUGCAACAAUCACUACAUUUCAACGACGUCUGGCCGGACAGACCAACGGGGGUGGUGAUGACGGUUCAGCGAGGGAUGACGAGCGAGGGCGAUGUCAUGGAUUUGAGAAGAUGA